AUGUUUAGAGAAAUUGAAUUAGCCUACAUUUAUGCUUUAACCUAUCUGGAGUAAUCAACAUCAAUUAAUUAAAUUUUGCUUAUAUUAUGCUUCUUAAUAUAGUUGUUCAUAUUUCAAAUGACCAAUUUAAUUAAUCAGAGAGGAGAAUUGCUUUAAUAAAGAGCAAAGGGUUUAAGUGUCUGGAUUAAAUUGCCAUCUAAACCACUAGGCGACUUUGUUAAUUGGAAUUAUACAUAAGAAAAGUACCCUCCAAAUGUUACCGUCCAAUAUAAUAAUAAUUAUUAUAGGUUGUAGAACUUAUAUAACACAUCACCCCCAGAAGACAUUAAAGCAAUAUUUAUUCAAUUAUUAUUUUACAACAUUUAAAAGACAAAACAAAGAUUGUCCAUUAUCUUGUUCAUAGUGUGUGUCCUGGCUGUCUUGAUUGACAUUGACGCCUUAAUGUUCAAUUUAGAAAUAUAAUACACAAUUAUACCAGAUUCCAGAAAAUGA